AUGACUUCAUCACAGACCGCAGAAUCCGUUACCGGUACUCAACCUAUUGCGCCCGUUGCAACAAUGUCUACAGCCAUUUUUAACCCCGACAACAAACUUUUGAUCACUCAGGCUCCCGAUCCUCACGAAAUUAAUGGACUUGUCAGUGAGGGUGAGGAACCAACAACCCAACCCAUUCAGAAGCUUUCGCAAACACCGCCCGUCAAACCUCUCGACUCCUUUCCGUUUUGCGCCAUCCCAUCAAACGCACUGGCAGGCGCCGAUCAAAUGCCUUAUGAUCUUUCUCAAGAUGCUCUUCAUUUGCCUGAAGGUAUGAAAUACACCUUCGACCACGACAUGCAGCCUCAGAGUAACGUUGCGCCUAAUGAUGCCUUUCAUCAGCAAUCUUGGGAUGAACCGUGGGAUGCGAACCAAAUAAAUACGGCAGAUUCCGGCGUGCAAUUGGAUGGUUUUGCAAAGCUGGUUUUCGAUGAUAGCGCGUUUUACAUGACCACACAUGAAGUGAUCAUCGGUCGCGACAUGUCCGCCCAAAACAACAUGACUAGAUACGAGAAAGAGCAAGCACAGCUUGAGCAGGCAUGGCAUGCAUUUGAUCCGAGUCGUGGUGAUAGCAACCAAGCAACCGUUGAUGCUCGACAACCUCGACGAACCAUCAUGAACAUAAAUGCGUCUGCUGGUAUCUUGGAAUCUUGGAUGCCAUUACAGGAGAAGCGAAAUCGCAAGGGAAAGAAGCAUAAAACCUCAAAGUCUGCCAACCUGUUAUCACAAAGUGGCUCUGGCAACAGUCCAAAAGCAGGCUCUUUAUUACCUCUGCUAGAUGGAAAUAUACCGAUCCAGAACCCCGAUCCACAUAGUUGCCCUAUCGUUCGUGUACACCCUCCCUUCGAUAAAGGGCUCGCGGGCUUCAAAACGAUAUCCAGAGAGCACGUCAAAAUAUUCUAUGAUGAUGACCAUGAGAUUUUUAAAGUAAAGUUCAUCGGUAGAAACGGAGGAUUUGUGGAUGGUACAUUCUAUGAAUGCGAGCAAAUAGCACCAUUGAUGAGCGGUAGCAAAUUGCAGAUGGGUUAUAUAUAUGUCACGUUCAUGUUACCGGAUUUCUUGAUGGAUGGCACAGGAUUUCAGUACCAGGAGGACCCCGAAGAGGAGGCGACCACUGGGACAAUCUACUCGGAAGGGGGUAAAGAGAUGAGCCUCAAUUUUGAUGGCGCACCGCGAGCCGGCGAUCAGAGGUCCACCGACAAUAGCGAAUGCUCUUCAAUUGAUGGGAAUGCAUUUGCUAGGGACGAAUUUACCGACAGCGAAGAGGAAACAGCAGACAAUGCUGGAGAAGUCGAUAAUGAGGUUCAACUUGAAAAAGAGAAUAGCAAACAACAAGACGUUGAAGAAGAUGAAGAAAUGUUGGACAACUUUCCAACUGACUCGCCGACUGACGCCAGUCCACGACCUGCAAAGAAGCGUGGACCAGGACGACCACCUAAGAACGGUGUCAUGUCCAAACGAGAACAACAACUUGCCAAGAAAGAAGCACUGGAGAGAGAGAGGAUUCAAGAGGAAGAAAGGGUCCAAGAAGAACAGAGAAUUGAAGACCAAAGUCAAGCAACAGCCUCAAAAACUGUGCCUGGAACCAAGAACAAGGUCGGAAGACCAAGAAAACAUCCUCGACCAGAAGUAUCGGAGAAAGAGCCACUACGAAAAAAGCGCAAGUAUACCAAGAGACUAUCGGGUCCCAAGGAACCUGAGGAGGUUGAUGAGGACAAGUUUGACGACGAUGGUAAUUGCAUACAAACCAAACGUGGAAGCUCCAGAAAAGUUGCCUAUGUUUUGAAGAUAGUCAACCACGUGAGAUCGGAGUGUACUCUGGAACAGCUUAAUAAGCCCCCAAAGAAUUACCUUCAAGUCAUUUGGGAGCUGCUCCGUGAUGCAGGAUGUCCUUUAUGUCUUCCACAGAUCUAUAACGAGAUGGAGGUUCAGUACCCGUAUUACGCCUUUCAGGACUCGAAGGGAUGGCAAAGUAGUGUCAGGCAUAAUUUGGGACAGCAUGAUUGUUUUCUACGUGAGAAGCGCGCUGGUAAAGGCUGGGCUUGGACUUUGAAAGAGGGUACAAGUUACGUGAGGGAGAAGAAGAAGAAAGCACCUUCGCCUCCUGUCGCAGGUAGAAACCAACCAAUCUAUCAAGCUAGCCAUCCAGUUCCGGGCUACGGUGCCAAUCAAAUACAACCUCCACCUGGAUAUAUGUUCAAUCCCCAGCUAUAUCAAGGUCAAAUGAAUUCACACCCGCCACCGCAAGCGUACCAACAAUACCAACAAGCGCAGACUUACAUGGGCCCUCCAAAUCCCCACUAUGCGCCUUAUCCAGCGCAGCAAGGUUACGCUCCGCCUCAAGGUGUUCAAGCACCUUUCAUCCCUCCAAUGGCGCCUCAAUUGGUACCCACAGCGCCGGCUUCAUACAGUUCCCCUUAUGCUCCAAAGCCACCUGCUGCUACAACACAACCUCAAGGUAUUCAACAACCACCUCAACAGCAAUAUCCCCAACAGCAAUAUCCACAGCAAUAUCCACAGCAACCUCACUACCAACCACAGGGAUUGCCACAACCGCCAAAUACGUCUCAAUCUCCGGUACUACCACAGCAGCCACGACUACCAGCUGGCAACCGAAUCCCAACACCACCUCAGGCUGCACCUCAAGCUGCACCAGCACCCAUUCAUCAGAAGAGAGUCAUUCCUCCCAAUCUAAUUGCUGUGGUAAUGGGAUACCGCAACCACGUGGUCAACUUAAUGCGACAAAAAGCUCCCCAGAACGAUGCUGAAGCACUUGUGGAUAAAGCCAUAAAACGGGUUUACGAUGGCACUGAGGAUGAUCGUUCUCUUGACAGUACUGAGCAUGAGAUGAAACUUAUCAAUGGUGUACUCAACGUUCUCAAGUUGCCCCUCGUUCCUCGUACACCUCCCGCCAACCCAAGUCACACUCAACGACAACAAUCUGCACCGCAACAACCUUCCCAGCAAUCGGCUAAUCAAAACAAACCACAAGGCAACACGUCUCAGCAACCUGUUAAAGCCAAUGGACCAGACCUUCCAAAACAAACGAUCAUGCGUCCAUCGUUGUAUGGAAACAACUUAAAUCAAUCCACUGGUUCUUCUGUACCCAGGCCACCAUUGAUGACACCAGGUUUACAGCGAACCAAUUCUGGAUCACAUCAGAUCGCACCUGCCAGACCGAAUACAGCCUCCUCUUCUUCUGCGCCAGCUAAUUCUUCAAACCCAUCACAGGCUGCUGUAUCAAGCAGUAACAAGACUGGUGGUGCUACGCCACCUGUCGCAAACACGGUCAAUCAAACGAUCGCGCAGGUUGUUGAUCAAAAUGGGACAAAUAAUGGUCUCAAGGUUGGCGAAACUUUGACCGAGGCAGGUUUUGUACGAAGUUUCCCUCAGCCUCAGAUUACCACCUAA